AUGUGCUGCUCAUGUUUCAGAAAGCAGCACCAACACGGGCUACACAGUCACUGUGAUGAGUCUCAGAGACACUGCACCGAGUCUCAGAGACACUGCACCGAGUCUCAGAGACACUGCACCGAGUCUCAGAGACACUGCACCGAGUCUCAGAGACACUGCACCGAGUCUCAGAGACACUGCACCGAGUCUCAGAGACACUGCACCGAGUCUCAGAGACACUGCACCGAGUCUCAGAGACACUGCACCGAGUCUCAGAGACACUGCACCGAGUCUCAGAGACACUGCACCGAGUCUCAGAGACACUGCACCGAGUCUCAGAGACACUGCACCGAGUCUCAAAGACACUGCACCGAGUCUCAGAGACACUGCACCGAGUCUCAGAGACACUGCACCGAGUCUCAGAGACACUGCACCGAGUCUCAGAGACACUGCACCGAGUCUCAGAGACACUGCACCGAGUCUCAGAGACACUGCACCGAGUCUCAGAGACACUGCACCUCUGCCCCAGGACUCAGGGUCUGGUUACACUACAACAACCGGAGGUCCUUCAGCAUCACCAACCACCUUAAAGUCAGCUCCUCAGAAACGUCCUUCAAAACGAUUUUGCACUAUGAAGAUCUGGUCCGUGUUGGUUCUCUGAAGGAAGACACACAGCAAAGAGAUGCUCUGCAUAAGCUUGGCCAGCUGCAGACAGUCCUCCAGGGGUAUUCUAACAGUGUCUACCUGAUACCGCCCAAGCCAAAGGGUAAAGAGGGAGAACAUAAGCCAACUAAGGGAAAGGACCCCAAACUGAGUGCAACUCCCAGUGAAGGAGAUGCUGCAGCAGAGGAGGAAGAUCCCCCCCCUCCCCCUCCCCCUCCCCCACCCAGGGGAUUCUAUAUCCACGGAGAUGUCGGCACAGGGAAGACCAUGCUGAUGGACAUGUUUUACGCUAACAUGGAACACGGUCGUAAGAAGAGGGUCCACUUCCAUAGCUUCAUGCUGGACAUCCACAAAAGGAUCCAUCGCAGCAAACAAAGCCUGCCUAAACGGAGGCUGGGGAAAAUGUUCACCUAUGACCCUAUCUCACCAGUUGCCAUGGAGAUCAGCAGUGAAACUUGCAUCUUGUGUUUUGAUGAGUUUCAGGUGACUGACAUUGCUGAUGCAAUGAUUCUGAAGCAGCUGUUUGAGAUCUUGUUCAGGACUGGAGUAGUGGUGGUGGCUACCUCCAACAGACAUCCUGAGGAUCUGUACCGAAACGGACUUCACAGAGACGCCUUCCUGCCUUUCAUCCACGUGUUGAAGGACUCCUGCCAGUCCAUCUGUCUGGACUCUGGUAUAGACUACAGGAGAAUGGACCGGCCUGCAGCCGAUCGACUCUACUUCCUCACAAGAGAGCCUGAUGCAGAGGCCUUCAUGGAUGUGCUGUUUGAUGAUCUGGCCCUGAUGCAAAACAAUGUAAAAGGACCAAAGGUACUGACCAUGCAGGGCCGGUGUCUGACGUUGGAGAAGACAUGUGGCACCAUUGCUGACUGCACCUUCCAGGAGCUGUGUGACAGACCUGUUGGUGCUAGUGACUACCUGGAGAUGGCUCGGCUGUUUGACACGGUCUUCAUCCGUCACGUUCCCCGGCUGACCCUGACGCUGAAGGACCAGACCAGGCGCUUCAUCACUCUCAUAGACACCUUCUACGACAACAAGGUGAGGGUGGUGUUACUGGCUGACGCUCCUCUCGACCAGCUGUUUGUCCACUCAGGGGGGGAGGAUGAGCGUGACCGUCUGCUCUUGGACGACCUGGGCCUCAGUGGGGACGUAGGGGAGCGUCUGUCUCUGUUCACAGAAGAGGAGGAGAUCUUUGCCUUCCAGAGGACCGUCUCCAGACUGACUGAGAUGCAAACAGAGAUGUACUGGAGCCAGGGGAACCGCAACAAUACUUAGACAUGCCUCUAGAACUACAAUACCCACGGUCUCUGGUUACAGGGACCACAUUGAUGAUCCAUACCCCUUUGACAAACUAAGGACUACAGUAACUAUGAUCCACACAUAUUGUCAACGUAGGACUACAGCAACUAAGAUCCAUAGCUUCUUUACGUGGAGUACAAAAACCUUGAUCCAUAGGGUUUUUACAAACGCAUGGACUGUAUAACCUUCAAGGGUUUGAAGCAGCUGCCUUUAACCUGUCUGUUAAUCAUCAUCCCAUCAUAUGAUGCAGUAAAACUUAAAUACCUCACAGAAAUCAGGUAGUAUAAAUGCCACUGGAAAAACACUCCCUCAUAAACUAUAGGUCAGGGCAGGUAUGAAACAAGACAUGCAUCAACAGAAAAAUCAAUUACAUGUAUGAGUACAAAGAGACAUAAAGUCCCAUAUUAUCCUAAAUGUGAGGUACAGACUUUUGCUAAACAGACUAGAGGGAGAACAUCAGCACUGAACAAGUGUCCCAUUCACUGUGGAGAACUACCACCACCUAGUGGUGUACCAAGGAAUAACAUCCAUUUUUUCCAACCUAAUGUUUUGUUUUUCUGACAAGGGAAACACAGGGCCUUAUAGUGUAUGUAAAAUAUUUUCAAAAAUAUGUUACAAUACUGUUUGUUUUGGGUUUGCCUAUCUGAAGUAGCAUUAUUAGAUGGCUGUGCAAUGAACGCUCAUAAGGUUUCCGUAAUUUUCCAAAUGCAAAUUGUAAUGCAUUGUAAUGGUAUGUGACGCUACCUUAUUGUGUGUUCUUAAACCUAAGUAACUAAGUAAAUAUUAUCAAAGGGACCCAUGAGUAUCGUGCUUGGAAGUCUAAUAAAUUAUUUUGCGUGCUGAAA